AUGGCUCGCCGCAAAGCUUCGUCGCCUCCAUCGGGAGAAUCCGCCCCACGACGCCGUCGCCUUCUCCGUGGAGUUCGUCCUCGUUCAUCCUCUGAAGACGAUGUCGUUUUCACACCUGCGCCCCGCUCGGUUUCGCCGGAAUGGGAGGGAUUUCCAUCCUCUCCUGCUUCGGCGGAGCCGGACGGAGUCGAAUCGCCCUCUCCGGACGUGUCUGGUAAGUCCGGUGCGUUUAUUUUCAUCGCCCCUUUGUCUCCAUCGGCGGCUUCGGUCGUCCAGGUGCAGACUACCCCUGCGCCGGUCCAUGUUGAUACGAAUGGUUUGCCUUUGGCCCAGGGGGUAGUCCCUGGUGCCACCGUUGCCUUCGACACCCUUUGUGUCGCUCCGGAGGUUGCCGCUGGUCCUUUGGCUGUUUCUAUGGUUACUGAACAUCGCACGUUUGUUGGACUUCCCCAGUCUCGUCGCCCUGCUGCGCAGGAGAGGGCGGCUGGGCUGGUAAGGGAGUAUAGACGUGCGGUUCGAAAACCUCGAAUACCACGCGUGGAUAGCAGUACAUCUGUGCCUGUCCCUGAACGCACUCCAUCGCAUUCGCCCAUGGCUCCCGUUCCUGCGACUCCCAGUCGCCUGGGUCGUUUUGUUGAUGCGGUCCUUUCCCCCUUCAAGGGUUGA